AUGGCUCUACUCUCCUCCACGCUACGCGCUCCACUCGUCUUCUCCAAAAACCCUAAACCCGUCUCUCUCUCUUCCCUUCACUCUCGAAUCUAUCUCUCUCCUCGCUCUCCCAGGUUCCCUUCCCUUCGCUUCAUCUCCGCCACCGGCGAUACCGGAGACGCCGAUAAGCCAUCUUCCAAUAUCUCCGACGAGUGGGGCGAGGGGUCUGAGCCCGAAACCAAACCGUUCACGUAUUUCAAGCUUCCAGAUUCGGAUCCUCCCAAGGACGAGGAUGAAUGGGGUAAAGGAGCGGGAGCUGGCGCCGGAAGCUAUAACGACGCCGGGAAUGGAACUCCGACUUUCACUGCAGAAGCUCCGUCGGAGGAGGAGGCGGAGGAUGGAGUGGAUGAAAAUCUUGAGGGGCUGAAGCGUUCUCUUGUUGACACUGUGUUCGGGACUGAGCUUGGGUUCCGAGCUCGGUCAGAGGUCCGAGCUGAGGUGUCCGAGUUUGUGGCUCAAUUGGAAGCUGCUAACCCCACCCCCGCUCCGGUUGAGGAACCUGACCUUCUCAAUGGGAAUUGGGUGCUGCUGUACACAGCAUCUUCUGAACUGUUGCCACUUUUAGCAGCAGGAUCAUUGCCUUUGUUGAAGUUGGAUAAGAUUUCGCAAACAAUUGAUGCUGAUAGCUUCACUGUUGUAAACUCUACAACAUUGUCUAGCCCUUUUGCCUCGUUUUCUUUUAGUGUAUCGGCCUCAUUUGAAGUUCGAAGCCCUUCAAGAAUACAGGUUACAUUCAAAGAAGGAUCACUACAACCUCCAGAGAUAAAGUCUAAAAUUGACCUACCAGAAAACAUAAACAUUUUUGGCCAACAACUUAGCCUAGGGCCUCUGCUACAGUCUCUCGGCCCCCUGGAGAAUGUGGUGGAAAACAUAUCACGUGUCAUUUCAGGUCAGUCACCUCUUAAGAUUCCCAUACCUGGUGAGAGGACAAGCUCCUGGCUUAUUACCACAUAUCUUGAUAAGGACCUGCGGAUAUCAAGGGGAGAUGGUGGUUUGUUUGUUCUUGCAAGAGAAGGGAGUUCCCUUCUUGAUCAGUAA